CUGCCCCGUCGUCGCCACCCCUGCAGCAGCUACCGUCGCCCCUGCUGUCGCCGUAGCGGCCCUGCCGCCCCGUCGUCGCCGUCCCUGCAGCAGCUGCCGUCCCUGCAGCAGCUGCCGUCGCCGUCCCUGCUGCAGCAGCAGCUGCCAUCACAGCGUCCCUGCUGCCGCUGCCGAGCCUGCAGCCGCCCUGCCGACGCGCCUGUCCCGGCUCUGACCUGCCGCCUCGCCGCGGCCCCUUCCUUGUGGCGGCCCCCUGCCCUGCUGACGCGCCCUGGCCCAGCCCCACCAGUAGCGGCCCACCUCUUCUGCCACUGUACUGUUUGCUCGCAAUGGACCACGCGCGAUGUUGCUGCCCGCCUUGCUGUGCGCAGUCACCUACCGUCCACUGAGCGCGCGCACUUUAGUCAGUACAAGAGUGCUAAGACUCUGUACGACGCUGUAGUUGCACGCUACUCCUCCCCUGCCACUGCUGCCCUUAGUCGCCUCAUGCUGCCGUACCUGUUCCCUGACCUUGCCGCCUUUGCCACAGUCGCUGACCUCCUUACGCACCUCCGCACUAGUGACAACCGCUACCGCGCUGCGCUUCCUGCUGAGUUCUGCGCCAAGAACCCCCCCCCCAUGUACAUCACCCUCUACUACCUAGUCACCCGGCUCCCUGACUCCCUUCGCUCGGUCAGGGACCACUUCCUCUCUGUUUGCCCCACCACACUCACCAUUGACCUCCUCGAGGAGCGCCUCUUUGCAGCUGAGAAGAGUAUAGUUGCUGUAGGAGCCUCUCGUGGUGACCCUCGUGCCCCUUUCUUUGAGGGGUGUUCCCACGUCCCCCUUUUGCCCUCUGUUGCCUCUGCUGCUGCUGUCGACCUCGUUGGCACCGAGUCGGUCGGCACUGCGUCUGCUCCUAGUGGGAGGCGCCGCAACGGCAAGGGCAAGGGGGGCAAGGGCGCUGGAGGAGCUGGCGGGGGCGGCGGUGGUGGCGGUGGAGGCGGCGGAGGGGGUGGGGGUGGGAGUGGUGGCGGGGGUGGAGGCUUCGGUGGCGGCGGUGGAGGUGGAGGCGGCGGCGGCGGCGGCGGCGGUGCGGCGCCAGCAGCAGCAGCGCUCUCGUGA